UAAAAAACGUUUUAAAAUGUCCUACCACUGCACUAUCUGUUAUGAUCCAAUUGUCAAAGACAAUGACAUGCCCGCUUGUUUAGGUUGUGGUCACACCUUCCACAAAUCAUGUAUUACUCAAUGGAUAGCGAGCAAGUCCGCCCAAGUAUGUCCACUCUGCAAAAAAAGAAUCUCCAAGAACAAAAUAAUUUCACCCAUUUAUCUUUCAACAAACGAUGCACCCUCAGCAGCUGCAGUCGAUCACUCUGAAGUGGUCUCAUUGGAAUUAACAAUGACAGUACGAAGGCUACAGCAAGACAAAGUAGGACUGGAGACAAGUAUGAGCAGCUUACACAAAGAAUUAGAAGCCAACAGAGUAGAAAUACAACGUCUCCGUGAUAGUCUUGAACAAGCACGAACUCAAAGACGAUAUAUCAAAAUUAUUAGAAAAGUUGCGGAACUGGAUGAUGACUUGUCAGAGGAACCGAUGCAACAGUACUUGCAAAGCAUUCAACAUUUAUCGUCAAGAGAACUUUUAAUUCAUGUUGGAGCUCUUCGUGCACGCCAACUCAAGGCAAUAAAGGAAACCGAAGCAUCUGUCAAACGAUUAGGAAUGCAAACAAGAGAUAAUGAAAUUUUAAAGGCAAAGAUUGAGGAAUUAAAUCAACGCCUCAAGGGAGAUAACACAUCAUCUCCAGCAACACCUACAAGUGCAACCAGCCCUGCAGAACAACCUGAAAAGAAGGUUAUCAUCCUGGACGAUAGUGAUGGAGAAAGCGAUACAGUAAAUUUAACAGAUGAUUAUGUGGAUGGUGAAGAUAGUUUAGACUUCUUUGUGGAAGAACACGUAGCACAAUCUUCUAAUUCCCGAAAGAGGAAAAACAACAGCAAUGAGAAUGGCGAAGGUGAAAGAGCAAAAAAAAUUGUUGCUAUUGAUCUAAGCCAAGACGACGAUUCGGCAGGUCCAUCGAGAUCCAGGGCAUAAAAUAUCACUAUUAUUAUGAUGAUAUUUAACUCUUUCUUAUACAUUUCCCUUUGCUUUUCAUCCAUCCUUUCUAUAUACCAAAGCGUAUUACUUGUAAUGCCCCGUUAAAAUUAUAACAAGAGUUUACCUCUAUUUUUUUAUUUUUAUUUUUUUUUCAUAUAUAAAAGCUUCAAUCCCCUUUAGUCUAAA